AUGGCUUUUGUACUCUCCAAAAGCAAUCUAUUUUCUAGCUUGCGCGGAAAUCCACAGGUAAUACUCUUGUUGGUGUCCCGCAUAUUUGAUUGAAUCCAUCCUCAUUACACUCAUCUGUUUCUCUUGUACGGAUUUAGGUGCUCCAGGAACAACAGAUUCCUCUAUCACGUCGUGGGUUCCACGUUGAGCUUGGUGCCCGAGAAAAAGCAGUGAGUUCCUUCUUCCCUCGUUCCGAUUUGACCAUAGCCUUUGACUUUGCUUCCUCCGUGUUCCAGAUCUUUUGAUUGAAGUGGGUACAAACAAGUUCAGAACCUUAGAUUUAUGAAAUAGUUUGACUUUGGCCAGUACGUGCUGCGUUGUUUAUUCAAAAUUUCCUGAAAACAUAUUGCGUAGUGUGAUUAAUCGUAUAAAAGUAACAGUUUUCGAGCUCUCAGUAUGGGCGGCCAUCGCCUUAUUUCUCCACAGCCAUGGCCAUUUGCAGGUUGCCGUAUUGUUCUUAUCCAUUAGAUCAGAGGGACUGAUUUGAAUACCUUGUUGAAAGAGGCUUCGUUUGCGGUUUUUAACUUUUGUUGUAAGAAUCCAAUGCAUUCAUUUAAUUGAUGUUUCCUUGGGAAUAUUUGAACCUUGAAUUUGUGCGACAGUAUGCCAAAUAUCAUUGUUACAUGGGGAAGUUAUACCGUAAUGCAAACAUGGGUCUUCCAUUGCAACGUAAUGAGUCAAGCUUUUAUUGCAUUUCAGCUGUUGGAAGAAGAUCCUGCACUGAAGAAGUUCAAAUCACAUAAGAAAUCUCUGGCGCGGGUCAAAAAAUUUGGAGAUGCUCUCAUCAUUGUUGUCGUUGCAGGUAAACUAAACAUUAUUUUCUCUGUAGUUUUGUUUUUUUAAAAUGCUCCUUGUAGAUAUGGUCCCUGAAGAUGCCAUAUAUUGAAUGGUUUCAUUUAUGUUGUGAUGAGUGCAUUGCACCGGUCGAUUUUAUUGAUCCCAAGGGGUUACACUGGUCACGUAUUUUACACCUUUCAAGCAUCCGCAUUUCUCUUGAGGGCAAUUGCUUUUCAAGAUCAGAAGGAUUUGCGGAUAUUGUUACCAUCCUUUGUGCUCGGAUUGCCUUACUACAUUUUGCUGCGUCUUGUAAGUCAAUGUAUCCAUUACACAAUAAGGUUUCUACUUGAGGUUAUUUAUUUAAUUCACAUGUGGUCAUCAUUCUGGAUCACAUUUAAAAUCACAUCGUCAAUCAUGGUGAAAUAUGUUGAAGGGAAUCCAAUCACAUGAUAGUAAUGCUGACCAGCCCAUAGAAGAGGGUAGAUAUGUGAGUCAGAAUCUUGUGAGUCAGUGUUAAAUGUUAAUCUUGCGGACAUCAUUAAUUACGAAAAAAUCUUUAUUUGGGUUUUAGGUGGGCUUUAAUUUUUUGGUUUGGAUCAGGAGAAAAGGACAGUCUGAAAAGAUCCCACAUCUAAAUGAAUAACUGUGGCAAAAACCUGGGGAAAACCUGACAACGUGGAGGAUAUCGGAUUAGGGAAUCCUUCUCAGUCCUGCUAUGCUGUAUCUGCUUUGGACUUAUAUCUUUAUAGAGUCUUGCAGCAGCCUAGUCAGACAUUUGACUAGGCUCAUCUGAUUUGGCGGGUUAACUACGAACAAGAACAGACCUGAUAUUGGGCAUUAUGGUAUCUCUAUCCUUUUAGUCAGUUACUGUUAAAUGUGGGUACUAUAUAAGUAUCUGAUUUCCCCUCAUUUUUUGGUAGUAUCCCCAAUAUGAAGCUCCCCAGAAUUAGAAACGCACAGAAGUCCGACUCAUCUGAUUUCUUUCUCCAUGUCCCCUGGUCUUUGCUUAGGUGAUACAUGAAAUCUGAGGGCAAAUAUAGCAAUCAGCAUCAUUAACAUCUAGAAAUCAUAUCUUGGUGCGGUACAUUAAAUGAGAAAUACUUUGCAGAAAUUGCAUCAAACUGCAAGUGGAAUUUUUUUCGCACAAUUCAUUAUGGAAAAAUGAGAGUCACCAGGGACCAUGGUAAGCAAUUAUGUUCCUGUCUAGAUUCCAAGCAAGUGACAGAGUUGAAACACCCUACAUGGUGAAUGAAUUAGGGUUCUUGGGCUGCCAAACCUCAUGGAUAGCAUUCACAUGACGAAGUUCUGAGAGUCGGCUUAAGCGUACUAUUAUAUGGAUCAUUACAAAGAUAAAGUGUUCUAAUGAUCAUGACGGGUUUACUCCCUAAUUGCCCAUUAUUUUUCAGUUGAAUGGGUCAGAAUCUUUAACAGCAUUUCAAUAUUUUGAAUUCACAGAUGCUGAACCAAGUUCUUCUCACUCUAGUAGUCAAAAAGCUCCCGGAAACCACUGCGUAAUAGCUCUCAAGAUCCGGCUAGAACCUUUUUUUGCCACGAAAAAAUGACAGUCUUUGGGCUCAUCAUUGGGGUGAAGACUUUUGCAAUGUCAACCCUCUUGAAAGCUUCAUGGUCAAAUAUCUGGAUAAGAAAAAUAAAUUUGUACUCUUUUUUAGAAAGAUGUCAAUUGAUAUCUCUACCACCGUAGACUGAGCGUUCAGAGAUAAACUGUCGUCUCCUCCCUGGAAAAAAUGAUAGUUUCCAGGGAGGAGAAGGCUGAUGAAAGGGAAGCUGCUGGGCUCCUCUGACUGGCUUUUAUUGUGUCAACGGGUUAAAUUUGCUUCCAGGAAUGGCAAGUGAGAGAGUCAACGCUGUGCAAGAGAUUGCCAUCUCCUACCGACAAAUCUGAUCUUCUGCCAUAUCCCACGUCAGAUGUGCCCCAGAAAAGAAAAAGAAUGAAAGAAAAAACCCUUUUUGGAGAUUUAUUUCUUACUGAAAAAUAUGGUAAAAAAACAAAGAGGAGAUUAUGGUCUCAAAUAAUCUGCUUAAGGUUUUUUCUAUUAAUGUUGUUAAGAUUUCUGAAGCUGUUCUUCUGCCCCCGCUUCAGCCUGCAGCUACGAGAUCUAUGCGAGUGCGGUGGAGAAGAGGGCCAAAUUCGCCGGAGACGAUCGGGCCAAGAACAUCUGA